AUGGUGCGUCAGAACCGUUUUUUGGUGUCAGCUGUGCUGUGCUUUGGCGCUUUCUGCCUCACCCGCUUGGCCUCCACCUUCGUGGGUGCCCCACUGACGUCCCGACCUCAAUCAGUGGUUCUGAACGCCCGUGGUGGCGGCGAAUAUGAUAUCAGUGAUGCGGACAUUCAGAACUUCUACAACAGCCUGCUUACUGGUGCUGGCGGUGACCCACCAAAGGGCACCGUGCUGUCUGAGCUCAUCGUGAAGUUCUUCCACGGUGACUUCACUCCUCAGGGCUUCAAGCGCUACUCCGGGCUCUGGAAGGGACCACCUCCAGGCAACAUCGGCAAGAAGGACAUUGCCGUGGGUGUUGCAAAGUUGAAGGAGCAGAUGGCCAACCCAAUGUUUGUGACCAAGGCUGGCGUUGGUUACGGCGUGGAUGAGAUGCAGAAGGUUGAGGAUGACGGCAAGGGCUGGGUGUGGCUGGCUGCCGAGAUGAGCCCCGGCGGCCUGGCCGUGGAGCUCUUCAAGUCCGUGCCCUACGGCAAGCGCGCCAUCCUGGUGGCCAAGCAGAGCAACGUGGACGAGCUCUUCCAGAAGGUGAACUGGGACACAGCCUUGGCCAACAUUGAGGUGACGUUCGGUGGACCUCAGGUGAAGCAGCGAUGA